AUGCAAGCGUUAUCACCAGCGUUCCUCUUGGUACUGGGUGUACACUUAGCGAUCGCUCAGGACAACCUGAAUUUUAAUAAUUUUGUGGAUACCUUUGCCAACUGUAAGUGGGACUCACCUGACUUUGACACGUGUAUAAAAGGUGCUCUAAAUACCUGCAGAACUUAUUUCAAAACUGGAGUCCCAGAACUGAGCAUAAGUCCUUUCGAUCCAUUCUUCGCCAAAGAGGUCGUACAGACUCGAGGAGGAAGUAACUUCAACUAUAAGCUCAAACUAAUCAACGUAUCCGAAUAUGGAUGGUCGGAUUCGAUAGAGCAACAGAAACAAGCGGUGGCUCCAGUACAGCCAGUUCUUUCCCGAAAAGUGGCUCGACGGGGAGUACGAGUUCCAGGGGAAGAUGAUGAACAGGAACAUCGACAACAAGGGAGCAUGGAAUCUGACUCUUUGUGA